CUUGUUGGCUUCUUCACCGCGCUUCCGUUCGUCUUGACUGUAGCUGUCACAGACCAGACCAGACCAGACCAGGCAGGAGCAGGACCCCACAUAACUCCAUAUAGACCUGGCAACACUUCCACCGUCACCGCCGACCGCCGAGCGCGGAGCCACCGACACGACAAUCGCAGCUGUAGUCCGGCUUCAGACCUGCAGUGUCACUGUGUCAGUAGUCCUCGGUGGCGCUGUUGCCCGCCUCCGAGAUCAUUUGGAGCCGGGGGCGUGUCGAGAGGGAUGGGGAUGGAGUGGCCGCCGACGCCUGCGCAGCAGAGGAAGGCGGUGGUGGGCGCCGGGUCGGCGCUGAAGCUGGUACUGUUCGUGAUCCUCGCGGGCCUCGCACUGCGGCUGCUGGUCGGCCCCGCGGCCUACCUCCUGCCGCCCACCGCCGCGCCAGAGGGGGGCGCUCGUCUUAUCGCGGCGCCGGGGAGGGAAAGAACCGGCGGCGGCGGGAUUCCUUCCGUCGAAACGGAUGAUGCGAUUUUUACUUUGACCUCUGCAGAACCUCUAACAGCUAUAGACAAGAAGGAAGGUUCCCCAAAACCAGAAGAAAGUUGUGAUCUUUUCCAUGGCGAGUGGGUUCCCAAUUCAUCAGGGCCAGCUUACACUAAUGCAAGCUGCCGCUUCAUUGAGUCUCCUCAGAACUGUAUGACAAAUGGAAGGCCUGACACAGAUUAUCUCAAUUGGAGAUGGAAGCCAUAUGGUUGUGAGGUACCACCAUUUGAUGGCAAGAAGUUUCUGGAUGGCAUGAAGGGCAAGCAUUGGGCACUUAUUGGUGAUUCCAUCCUUCGCAACCAUGUCCAGUCAUUGCUUUGUCUUCUUUCUAAGGUCGAAGAUGCUACUGAGGUCUACCAUGAUGAUACAUUCAGAUCCAGAAGAUGGCACUUUCCUUCACACAAUUUCACAGUCUCUCUUAUCUGGGCACCAUUCCUGGUCAAAGCUAAAAUAUUUGAGGACAGUGAUGGAGUUUCUACUGCUGAUCUCCAGCUGCACCUUGACGUUCUAGAGAAAAAUUGGACUAGUCAAUGGGAGAGCUUUGAUUACGUAGUGAUAUCCACAGGCCAAUGGUUCUUCAAAACUGCAGUGUACUGGGAGAAUGGAGCUGCGAUUGGCUGCCACUCCUGCCAGAACAAAACCCUGAAAGAAAGGUCUCCAGAGUACUCCUUCCGCAGGGCACUCAAGGUGGCCUUCCAGUUCAUCACAUCUUCACCUCACAAGCCAGUAGUCUUCUACAGAACGUGGGCUCCUUCGCAUUUUGAGAAUGGUGAGUGGUUCAGUGGCGGGACUUGCAACAGGACGGCCCCAUUCAAGCCAGGGGAGGCCGGUGACAGAGAAAUGGACAAUAAAAUGUGGCAUAUUGAGAGAGAGGAGUUUGACAACGCAGUGGCAAACAAGGGUCCUAUCGAUGGUGACCGUCUGAAACUGCUCGAUACAUUUGAGCUCUCUCUCCUAAGGCCUGAUGGACAUUCAGGGCCAUAUAGAGCAUACCAUCCUUAUGAGAAGGGCAUGACAGCCAAAGUCCAGAAUGACUGCCUCCACUGGUGCUUGCCUGGGCCUAUUGAUGCAUGGAACGAUGUACUCAUGAAGAUGCUGGCAAAGGACUGAAACAUUAUCAGGUGGUACCCUAGGCAUGGCAUCUGAUUUCAACACCAGUAUUGUCUCAAGUCUCCUUUGCUGCAAAAACUUGUGGUAUCCAGAAAUUCGUGUAGCUUCAAACAUCACUUCGCGGUGGAUAUAAUGGUGGUUCUUGAAGCAAUCUCCCUAGCAGAGGGAUUGUUAUUAGUUGUUAAUGGUGUGCUGUAAAAGAGGUAACUUGUGAUAGCACGCCCGAGUGCUCCAGUUACUUCUUAAUAUCUGUAUGUAUCAGAGUGGUCUAAGGAGUCUCAUACUUGAGUUGCUUCCAAAAGGAAGUAUAAUAUAUAAACAGUGGCGAUAUAUAUAGAACGGUGCAUCCAUACCUAGUGCAAAAUGUACUGCAAAUAUUCGCAACAAAGCCUAGCAAGUAGCAGCGUUUUAAACUCUUCAGUCUCUUUCUCCAAGAGAAAAUGUGUAUCUAAUGAAAUGUUGCUCAUCGAUUAACAUA